AUGACUGAUUUGGAAAACCAAAUGGAAAUGAUAAAACAAGGUACGCACCCUGAACUCCUUGCUCGCAUUGAAGAAAUCGAAAAAAGAAAGAAGCAACGAUUGGAGAUGAUAAUGGCCGAAAAAAGAUUUACAGUCCAACUUAUUGAAAAAGAUUAUAAAGCGGAUGAAUUUGUUGCGCAUUGUGAAUUCAAUUCAGAAAAAAGAAAAUUUAAAAAAAGAAAACUAGAAGAAUUAGAGGAUUUAAGGUGUAGAAUCAAGACAGAAAAACGACGAAUAGAUGUUUUGGAUGAAGAAGAACCAUUGAAUGAAAGCGAAAAAAACGAAGACCUAAUCGCUUUAGGGAUUAUAAAUGAGGAUGACUAUGCACAAGGUGAUGCCGUACUCAUAAUUGAUUCGACAACUGGUCGAUACACUGCUAAAUUUAUCACCGCAACUGAUUCAGAGGUGGUAAUACAGAAACCAGAUGGAUCCAAAACAAGACUUCAAAUAAAUUUACUAAGAGAAGGAAAAUAUGAAAUUCGUUUGAAGGAAUCAUAA